CCCUGGCCCAGACCGGGUUCACGUCCAGAACCACCCAGCUGGAUCAGAAGAGCUGGAGCAUGAAGAGUAUAUCCCAGUCCAGAGCCGAUCUGCCCCUCAUGUCUCCUGAAAACUCAGAUAUUUGCCUAAGUUCUGCCCCGUUCAGAAACGAAACCAAAAACGAUGCCAUCCUCAGGAUUUGCGUGGUUUCGUUUUCAAAAAACCGAGAGCCUGACUGCAGGGAAGAGCGGUCUGCGCCUCGAUCCGGUGCUGAUGGAGUCUGAUCAUGGAUGAGGAGCUCGACCCUGAUGAUGAAAAUCCAAACUCCGUCUUGGAUCAGGAAUACUCGGAGCUGGUCGCCAUCCUGCGCUGUCAGUCGGACUCGGUCAUAAUGCAGCUUAUCCAAACGGUGCCGGGCAGUGCCGUCUGGCUGAACAGACAAACAAGCGGCGGUUCUGCUGCACCACCAGACCACAUCGAAGCCAUGCUGCAGCACUUCAGACGCGCCAACUCUGCAGAAUGCAGCAACUUCCUCCAGAGGGUUUGCCUGCUGUGCGACGGCAUCCCCAUGCAUCUGGAGUCGAAGCUCAUGUCAGUGGCUGGACAUGAGCCACUGACAUGCAGCGAUGAUUUGAAUGAUCUAUCAACUGGAACAUCAUGUUUGGAAAAUGAAGACGCAGCAUCCAGGGUGACGGAUCAGCAGCCGCUAACACCGCCUGCAGAGGAGCAGCUCACCAAACGCCCACGGAUUGAUUAUUGGGAGCAGUACAAGGCUGAAGCGGCAGGUUCCCUGCAGAGGAGGUGGAAGCGGCUGUCAGAGGGCCUGCUGACGGAUGUGCAGCCGGACAAGAUCUGGGUCAGCAUCAGAACUGCAAACAGAGUCAGGGACAGACCGGAUCAGACUCCCAGCUCUGCAGAGAGAGGCGGCAGAACACCGGAGCCUGACGGUGACGACGGGUGGCCAGAAUCCAGACUGACUCUGGAGAGUUUUCUUCAGGGAUGCACAGGAAAAGUGACGGUUCUGGCCGGCCCACCUGGCUCAGGAAAAACUCUGCUAAUGUCUUUUAUUGGGCAACAGUGGACUGAAGGAUUAGGCCCCAUCCCUUCAUCCCAUCUGUUUGUCUUGCUGGAGUUUCGUCAGCUCGACCUCCUGUCAGCCCCUCUCUCCCUCUCUGAGCUGCUGUUUCACCACUACCUCCCAACUAAUGGAGACAAUGAAGCAAAGCAGGCCGUUGUGGACUACCUCCUUUCCAAUCCAGAGCAGAGCUGCUGGGUGCUGGACGGUUACGACGAGUUCCAGAAAAAACUAAAGAGACACAAAGUUCAGAACGAGCGGCUGGACUCAGAGAAACCUGUGCCUGUGGCAGAGCUCAUCUCAGGGCUGCUGAGCCGGCGGCUCUUUGCAGGCAGCACCGUGUUGGUCACGAGUCGAGUUCGCGACGUCGUCGAUUUGGACGGUUUGUCUGACAAAGUGGGGCAGCUGCUGCCGUGGGACCAGCGUGAAAUCAAAGAAUGUGUCAACAACUUCUUUAGUGCAAAAGAUGGAAAUCUUGCAGCCGAUGCUACAGAAAUCCUCUUCUCCAGCCGACACCUGCUGGCCAUGUCUUCCCUCCCGGCCCUCUGCAACAUCUGCUGCGUCUUUUUGCAGCAUUUACUGCACCGACAUGCAGAAAAGAUAAAGAUGCUGGGAGAAAAAGGAGUUGAAGUAAAGAAAAAACGUCUAGAAACUGAGAAAAAAGACGCACAAACUGCUGAUGGAAUGUGUGACAAUGACAGACGCUCCCAAAAAGCACAACAUGGGGAAAACAGUGAGGAGACAUUAAUGGACGGAGCAAAAAGCAGAACCACGUUUUCUUUCACAUCAGCACAAAUCCCUGCAACCCAGACUCAGAUCUACCUCGCAGCUGUUGCUACAUUUCUUAGCCGGCACCCUGAACGGCCCAGAGGAACGGAGGCAGCAGAGACCUCAGGAUGUUCUGAAAGAACCAAGUUUGCAUGGAAAACUGUGAAUCUUCCUGCUGCUGAGCUUUGUGAGCUCAGUCGGCUGGCAUGGAGAGGUUUGGAGGAGAGCAGGAUUCUGUUUUUGGAGGAAGAUGUUCCUCUACAAAAUUUAGCGUCUUCAAUCAAGUCAGGACUCUUCUCACCGGUGGAGGUCAGAGGUCGUGACGGCGCUGUCGUCAACGCUUACUGCUUCCUGCAUCUCACAGUGCAGGAGUUUUUGGCUGCACUCAGGAUCAUGACAAGCUCUGCUGUCAGUGAUGCAGACCUGAAGAAGAGAUUCAGUCUGAAAACUCGCUGGACGACUAAAUCAGACCAGAAGACAGUGUUCACUGAUUCCCUCUACCUGUACGUUUGUGGUCUGGCUUCGUCAGACUGCACUCCAGCUCUGGAGGUCGUUGCCAAGGCAGCGGGGUUAAAAGGAGCCCUAAACUGGGUCCAGAAACGCCAGGCCCUUGUCCUAAAGCUGCUGAAAGCUCUGUGCUGCAGUGCCACUCUGACUGGACCGAAGAUUUUGCAGCUUUGCCAUUGUGUUCAGGAGAGCCAGAACCAGCAGCUGGCUCAACUGGUGGUGAGUGUGCGACCCACGCUGGAGCUCAGAAACUUCUGGCUGCUACCCAGUGACAUCGAGGCGCUGGCGUUUGUGGUCAACUCAGUCGGUACCAAAGGUGUUGGUUUGGACUUCGGCGCCUGUUCGAUGGAGCUGGAGUGUCUGGACACCCUGUCCAGGUGUCAGUAUAUUCAUUACCUCAGUUUUCGGAGCCGCAAAUAUGGCGAUAAGUUUGCAGAGAAGCUUUCCUCCGUUCUCCCUCGAUUCACAGCGCUGAGAAAGCUAGAGUUUUGUGGUGCCAGUCUGAGUUCUGCAGGAGCUGCGAGUUUGGCAUCUGGUCUGCAGAACUGCUCCAGCGUCACUGAGCUCAAUUUUAGUGACAACAAUUUGCAAGACGAAGGAAUCCGACGCAUUGUGGACGUUCUUGCCAAACUACAAAACUUGACAUCUGUAAAGCUGGGACGAAACAACACUUCUUUGGAAGCAGCAGAGUGUCUUGUGAAACAUGUGUCUUCUUGCUCAAACAUCCAGCAGCUUCAUGCUGAUGGGAUCAAAGAGUUGACACUGACAUUUUCUCAAAAAUCUGAAUCAAACAGCUGUAAAAUUAAGCCAGAAGCAACAGUGAGGUUGUUGAACCAGAAGUGGACUCAGUCCGGCAUGCAGAACCUGGCCAGGUCUCUGACUCGCUGUCCCUCCCUGUCUGAGCUGGAUCUGUCUGGAGGCGAGUGGGAUGAGGAGACUUUAAAAACGCUAAUUCAGUUUGUGCCAAGCUUCAGCAUCACUGAGAGGAUCAUAUUGAAUGACAGCUGCUCAUCGGUUCAGAGUGUGAAGAUUCUCACCGCUUUGCUUUCUGACUGUCCGUCUGUCACGGAGAUGAACAUCAGGCUGCAGGAUCCAGUCCAGGUGUCUGUUGCGUUUUCCGGAGGGAGAGAAAAAACUGCAAAUGUUUCCUCUAAAACACUCUGCCUCAGCCGCUGCAAUCUUCAUCCCAUCGACCUGGAAGGAGUUUGGAGAAGUUUGGGAGCGUCCGCUGACCUCUCUGAUUUGGACUUGUCCUGUAACAAGUUAGGCGACAAAGGACUGAAGAAGUUGAUGGACUUCCUGCCUCGUCUGAACAAAAUCCAACGAGUGGAUUUCAGUGGUAAUGAUGUCGGUGUGGACGGAGCGGUGAUGCUGGCGGAUGGAUUAUGCUCCAACAACAGAUUAACGCACGUUUUUAUCAGUGAUGGAGGAAAAGACCAGGUGAUGCUGCAGUUCAGCUCUGACACAAGUAACGGCAAACUACAGACAAAGUCAUUCAGAAUCAACAGAAGAUCCCUGACAGCAUCUGAUGUCAACAAAGUGUGCAGGAAACUGGUCCAGUGUCGCAGCAGUUUGGAGUUAGAGUUCACUCAAUGCUCAUUUGCUGAGAAAUCUGUUGGAAAUCUGCUGAGAGUUUUGCCAAAGAUGUCGACACUGCAGAGACUGAAUGUUAGUAACAGCAUCCUGUCCACUUUUGAUGCCCUAACUCUGAUCAGCUGUUUCCCUGAAAACCAUCGAGUCUCAUCCGUGGAGCUCAGCCCACAGGGCGAAUCCUUCAUUCAUUUUGCUGAAGUUAAAGCAGAACAAGUCCACUGCAGAUUAACAGAUUUUUCUUUCAAAGAAGAAAACUUUGUUUUAUUGGACAGACUGAACCAGAUCCUGCAGCAGAACCGGCAGCUCUUUUAUCUCGAUUUGUCAGGAAACCAGCUGGAAGACGAAGGAGUGAGACGUUUAUUGGAGUCUCUUCCAAAUAUCAGCGUCAGCAGCUUCAUCAAUCUGAGUAAGAACGGGCUGAGCCAGCAGGGGGCGCUGCAUGUAGCCGCAACACUUUGCACCUGCGCUAAUGUUUCUGCUGUGGAAGUCAGUUUGGGAGAAGAUGAAAGGUGUCUGAUCUGGUUUACUCAAAAAGGAGGAGGAGAAAAAACUCUGAGUGUCAAAGACAGUAAUUUGGACUGUGAUAAUCUGCUCAGAUUAGCAAAUAUUGUCUCAGACUGUCUGAGUUUGACCAAAGUGGAAUUAAAGAACAACAUGCUGCAACCUGAGUGGAUCGAAAACUUUGUGUCAGCUUUAGACGUUAAUCUGAGAGGCUGUACCAUCAGUGUUGAAGAAAGUUGGAUCGGCGGCGAUGAUGCUGCGUUUUUACUGCGCCGCUGUCUGCAGCUCCACAAACCCGUCCGAACCAUCAGGAUGGGCGACGCGACACUGCAGCUGGUUCUGACGGACAACAUGGAAAGUGAUGUUGAAUUUUCAGCUCAGUCAGCGAUUAAAAAUAUAAGCGUCUCCAGCAGCAGCGUGGAAGGAGCUGAAUUACUCUGCUCUCUUCUGCCCCCGUUGCCAAAUCUCACGUCUCUCAGUGUUGGAGUCAAACACAGCUUUGUGCCUGAGGAGCUCUUACACGUCAUCCUGAGCUCCACGUCCAUUCAGAGUUUAACCUUGUGUGGCGUCAUCAUAAGUGAUGCGGCGGCUCAGACUUUGACCAGACUGUUGCCACGCCUUCGAUCGUUCACUUUGUCGCAUUGCGUUUGGUCAGCAGCUGGACGGCUGCUGCUUAUCGAAACUUUGAGGGAGAGCAACGCUUUGGAAGAACUUUGUCUGGAUGCGGCGAUGCAGCUGAAUGAAGACUGCAGCAGAGGUUUGGCACAAACUCUGAGGAACAUGAAAUCUUUACAGAUUCUCAAGCUGGAUGAAAUCGUAAAAAGUUCAGGACAUCCAGAAGCCGACGUUGUUCUGGACCUGCUGGCCGGGAUGGAAGAACUCAAACGAAUUCAGGAGAUCCAUUUGGGAGGCUGGAGGCUGGGGGAUGGGGGGAUACAGAAGCUAACGGGAAUCCUUCCUGGUUGGAAGGAUCUCAGGGCGAUCAGUCUCUCCAAGAAUCUUGUGAGUGAUCCUUCAGGAGAGAAGCUGCUGGAGGCUUUGAGUGGCUGCAGGGAUCUGGAGGAGCUCCAUCUGUCCAGUAACCAUAUUGGUGACCUCACUGCUGCCAGAAUGGCUCUUGUUCUUCCAUCAAUGUCGCGCCUCUCUGUAUUAGAUAUUUCAGAAAACCGUGUCGGAAACGAGGGCUUGUUCAGUCUUUCCAGAGCAAUAAUGAGCCUGAAGAACCUCAGAAAGAUCCACCUGACCUCUGUGGGGAAUUCAGAGCUGAGCGCUGUGGCUGCCAGUUUGAGCCACUGUCCCCUGUUACAGGAUGUGGGCCUGGGGUGGAAUAACUGCGGCGACGCUGUGGCGCUGGAGCUGGCUAACGUUCUGCCUGUUCUCCACGAUCUGACUCGCAUCGACCUGGAGUGUAACAGUGUGAGCGCUGCCGGCGUGGAGGCUCUGGUCAGAGCUCUAAGGUGCUGCCCUGCUCUGCAGGUCAUCAGGUUGUGGAAAAAUAAAGUCUCCUUGCGUGAAUCUGAGCGGUUCAGCCAGAUGGAGAGGAGGCUCAACUUUUCCUCCACCUAAUGGGAUUAGCAAACAAGUAUAUUUAUUUGCAAUAUCAUGUUUUUCAGAUGUUUUAUUGGGAAAUGUACAUUAUUUAAAAUGAAACAUCUGCGUUUUUCAGCUUAGUUUCACAAGAUAAAACUACAAGUGGGUCCAAACUAAACAAAAAUGACAUAAAAUCCGACUUUUUAUUGAAAUAUAGUUUAGGAAAUGGAUGAUAUGAAGUGUCUUCCUGUCUCAGUCAGGGUUGGGUAAAACUCUAAUGAGCUCAUUAUUUUUGUUCCUCGCUGCAAGUUUCUGCCGUGAAACUAAAGGCCACCUUUUAUACGUUGUAUUUCUGCAGACUGAUUUAAUGAGCCACUUUGCACUGAUACAGAGGCCACAUAUGUGAAAAAACACAAUAAGCCAAGAAUCUGCAGUAAACAGGAGGUCGUUCCUCUUGUCAUUAUCAAAGGUUGUGGUCUCUGUCGGAAUACGUAUUUAUUUUUGCUCUUUGAUGGAAAGAAAAGUGUUUUUUUUUAUUGUUUAUGUUUGAAGGAAUUUUAAUCAGCUUCAAACAUAAGCAGAGACAGAAAGUCUUUUACUUUCCAUUCAGAAACUUG